AUGGAGAUUUCAGUUGAGAAUAAUCCAGCUUUGAUGAAUCCCACAAAUAAGCAAGGUAAAGAAGAGGUUAUGGGUUGCCGGAAAUUUGGUGCUGAAAUAGGUCAUAACCGGAGAGCAUUGAGUGUUAUCAAUCAGAACUUAGGUGGCGGUGGCGGUGGUGGUGGCUGCCGGAGAGGAGCUCAGCCACACCCUUGUGUAGCUAACAAGAGAGCUUUAUCACAGAAACUUGCUGCAGAUAUUGCCAACAAGAAACAGUGUUUUCCAGAGGAGAUUAAGAGGUCCAGUUCCAAUGCAUCAAAUGAGGGUUUUGGUGUAUGGGAAGAAGAUCAAGAUCAAGAUGAACCUGUGCCCAUGUUUUUGGAAACAUCAGAAACAGUUGUGGAUCAAAGGGAUCAUCAUAUGGAGGAAGUUGAGAUGGAGGAUCCCGUUGUUGAUAUCGAUAUCUCCGAUGACAGAAACCACCUUGCUGUGACCGAGUAUGUCGAAGAUCUUUAUGCUCAUUAUAGAAGGAUGGAGAAUUGUAGCUUGGUCUCACCAGACUACAUGACACAACAAUUUGACAUUAAUGAGAAGAUGAGAGCUAUACUAAUCGACUGGCUAAUCGAGGUGCACCACAAGUUUGACCUCCAACCCGAAACACUGUUUUUAACAGUUAACCUCAUAGACAGAUUCUUGGCUAAACAAUCUGUAAUUAGAAAGAACUUACAAUUAGUUGGUUUGGUUGCCAUGCUAUUGGCUUGUAAAUACGAAGAAGUUUCGGUUCCCAUCAUCGAAGAUUUGGUUUUCAUCUCGGACAAAGCUUACUCCAGGUGUCAAAUUCUUGAAAUGGAAAAACUGAUGUUGAACACAUUAGAAUUCAACAUGUCGUUACCAACAGCGUAUGUGUUCAUGAAAAGAUUCUUAAAAGCCGCUCAAUCGGAAUCAAAACUUGACCAAACGUCGUUUUUCCUAAUCGAGCUUUGUCUCGUGGAAUACGAGACGCUUAAAUUCCCGCCAUCGUUCUUGGCGGCCGCCGCCGUAUACACGGCUCAAUGCAGUCUUUAUGGGAUGAAACACUGGUCGAAAACAUGUGAAUGGCAUACUAACUAUUCUGAAGAUCAACUUCUGGAAUGUUCAAGAAUGAUUGUGGGGUACCACCAAAAGGCAUCGACAGGGAGAUUGACUGGUGUUUACAGGAAAUAUAACACAUCAAAGUUCGGUUACGCAGCAAAACGUGAUCCACCAAGUUUCUUGUUCCAGAGCAACAAUUCAUAAAAAAAAAGUAAAACGUUGUUACAGUAACUUGUACAAUAUGGAUUGGAACAAGUAUGUUGCUCUGGAUUUCUCAGUUUUAGCUCUGGAAAAUGACCUUUCAGCAACUUCCUUCGUUGCCCUUGUGGGUGGUUCUUGUGUGUUGACUUUUUUUUUUUCAGUUAGUUUGACUUUGUUUUCUUCAUUGUGAACAUAUUUCUCUAUGGGUUUGAUGUUUUGUGAUUUCUUAA